AUGUUUGACGAAUGGUUUAAAUAUGAAUCUGGACAUGCUUGGUGUGAAAGUGCAUAUAAAUAUCAAACAUCACCAAUGGUUGCUGAAUUUACUAAUACUAUAACAAAUUUACCUAUUAUGGUACUACCAAUGGUUAAUGCAAUGUUAUUAAGAAAAUAUAUUAAAGAAAUUAAUUCAAUGAUUUUUUGGCCACAUUUACUUUUAACAAUUAAUGGUAUUGCAUCAACUUAUUACCAUGCUACAAUAAAUCUUUUUGGUCAGUUAGUUGAUGAACUUUCAUUAGUAUGGCUUCUUACAAUAUGUUUAUUCUCAUAUUUACCAAUUAUGAAGUGUUUUCCUGAAAAAUGGCAUAAAUAUAUACCCCAAAUACGUUUAUAUCUUGGAAUUUUUACAAUUAUUGUAAGUAUUUUAUGUUUUGUUGAACCAUCAUUAAAUGCAAUUGCAUUAAUGAUUUUCUCAAUUCCUGGUUGUUUUGUAAUAUAUUAUGAAGGUAAACAUAGUGGUAUUGAAGAGACAUCAAAAUGUGUUGAUAGAAUAUCUGUAUUAUGGGGAUUAGCAGCAACAUUUUGGGUUUCAGAUCGUAUAUUUUGUGAUUUUUGGUUAUAUUUAGGUACUCCUUAUUUACAUGCUAUGUUCCAUAUUUUUGCAUCAUGGGCUGGAUAUACAUGCUUUCUUAUGUUUUCUUUAAUUGAUAUUCAUAAAAAAUCGCAAAAACAUAAGUAUAUAGCAAAAGUUAAAUACAUUCCAUCAAAUAAUAAGGGUAUAUUUUGUAUUCCAUAUAUAACACUUCUUGAUAAAAGAAUUGAAUAG